AUCUAUCAAUGAUGAUGAGGAUAACUUGAGAAAAAUAAAUCGUAGAAAUGCAAUUGAUUGACCACCUUAAUCAAAAUCUAAUUCAUUUCUCUCAAUCCUCAUUUCACUCUUUCACUUUCCCCCUUGUCAACAAAAUUAUGUUAGUUAAUUAUUACUUAGUAGAUGUAUCAGAGUUAGAACAUAAAAAUUUGAAAAAUAUUAUACUCUAUAUUAUGUAUUAAUGGAAUUUUUAGGAUCAUAAUCUUUGAACCAUAUUAAAAAAAUGACCGUGUUUUAUUGACUUCAUGAUAUAAUAUGUUCGUUUAGAAUUAUAAUUAGAACUUUUCUUGUAAGUUUAAGGUAUAAUAAUGUUGGAUGUACGGGUAUGGGUAUUACCCAUGGGUACUCGAAACCCACGGGUAUGGGGAUGGGUUUGCAAAACAUUCCCCCGCAUGGGUAUGGGGCAGGUAUGGGUUUGGGUAUUUGAAGAUGGGUAUGGGGAUGGUUUAAGCAAACCCGCCCCAAACCCGCCCCAUUGCCAUCCCUAGUCCCAGGAAGGAAAUCCGGAAAAAAAGGUGAUUAGAAUGAGAACCCAAAGUGGAUCAGAAGCUUCGGCCUGUUAUAGCAACUGGGCUGCCCCACUCCAAGAAACUUUGUCCCAGCAACGCGAUGCAGGCCUCCACUCCAAGCCUCCGACUCACCGAGGCAGUGCUCGCAACCACCUGAGUCCGCAGCUCGUCGCCCUCCGUCCAAUCUCGUCGCCCUCCGUCCAAUCUCGUCGCCCUCUGUCCAGAGUCUAUAGCUCGUCGUCGCCCUCCGUCCAAUCUCGUCGCCCUUCGUCGAGAUUGUUUGGGUCAAAACAGAGUCUAUAUGCUGCUGAAUUUUUUGCAACAUGGUCAAAAUGGGUCAAAACAGGUCAAAACCAGAUUGGGACCAGACCGGAUCAAAACCGGAUCGGGUUAAAACCGGACUGUACCCAAUCCAAACUUUGGUCCCUAUAUUUUUAAAAAGACCGGACUGGAUCGGAUCAAUUCGGGCCAAUUUAACCGGACCGGACCGUAUAACCACCCCUACAUCAUAAUCCGAGGAAGGAAAUCCGGAAAAAAAGGUGAUUAGAAUGAGAACCCAAAGUGGAUCAGAAACUUCGGCCUGUUAUAGCAAUUGCCCCCCCCCCCCCCCCCCCCCCCCCCCUUCACAAAGCAGGCCUAUUUCAGAGGGCCGACAAUUGGGCCUGGCUGGCCAGACGGAUAGAAAGAACAGACUCGUUCGGAUCCAUCGAGAUGCUCUCCAUAGUGAUGACGGAGCAACCGAAGCAAAUAACCAAAAGAAUUGUCACCUCGCCAUAAUCCUGCCGUCACCAUCUCCUUAAACCAAGUGUCGUCUUCCUAGUAAAAGCGUUCACACAUCAACUGCACACCACAUCAUCAUCAUCGCUUCACAAACUCCAACGCUGGCUCACGGCGCAUGCAAUAUCAUCAAUUCAUCACCAUUACAAGCUCUCCAUCUCCUUUAUCUAACCCAGUUCUCAAAAAUCCGUCACUAUCUCCCUAGCUAGCUAGGAAGUAAAGAAAGAAAGAAAGGAAGAAUGUCAUCGGCGGCAGGGAUGUCCGUAGGCUUGCUCGCCGGGUUCCACGGCCUGAAACAUAACUCGUCGCGGGAUACGAAGCAGUUAUACGAUGUUGCGUGGAGGAGGAAGGCUGCUAGUGCUACUACUGUGUCGAAUGGUUCGAGGGUUUGCUGCAUGAAGACGUGGAACCCGAUCGACAACAAGAAGUUCGAGACGCUGUCUUACCUUCCUCCGCUGUCACAGGACUCCGUCGCUAAGGAGAUCGAUUACAUGAUCAAGAAGGGCUGGAUUCCUUGCCUUGAAUUUGAUGAGGUGGGAUAUGUGUACAGGGAGAACAGCAGGAUGCCAGGGUACUACGACGGCAGGUACUGGACUCUGUGGAAGCUGCCGAUGUUCGGUUGCAACGAUUCAUCCCAGGUGCUGAACGAGAUCGAGCAAUGCAAGCAGACUUACCCUAAUGCUUACAUCCGCUGCCUCGCAUUCGACAACAUUCAGCAGGUCCAGUGCAUGGCUUUCCUCAUCCAGACUCCCAAUUAAGCUAGCUAGCUAGCUAGCAAUUCCCCCCUGCAUCUUUCUCAACUUAAUUAGAUGCAUCGAUCUAGCUACCAUUACCAUUGGGGCGCCCUUCGUCCCUUGUUCUGCUGAAUAACCUUUCCUCAAUAAAAAACUGCAAGAGGGUUUUGCUGAAUGGGGUUCUAGAGUUUGUCUAGCUGCUUGAUCAUGGGGGUUGUUUUGAAGCUCUACUCUUUCAAACCUUCCAAGACCUACAUACAUUAUGUAGCUGGUUAUGUAAUAAUGAGUAGUUGUUUAAUGCUUGUUUUCACAUGUUAUAUCUGCAGCAUCAGGUGCUUUGUAAUUCCAUUUCCAAGCUGUUUAGGUUUCACCUACCACUAGAUAACAAACCCUUGUCAUUGUGGGUCGUUUGGAUUAGGAAUUUUUAUACGAAAGGGUUUCACCCAAAUUCAUCGUUGAAAGUAGCAGGGAAUUUGUAUUAAACGAAAUAAACUCGUUUGGAAGCGAAUGUGGGGUUUCCAAAAAGAAAUAAAAAAUAUAAUUUUCUUCCCAUUCAACUGUUGAAAUUAAAAUAAAGUUUAAUUAUUGAA